AUGUCAGAUGCUACCAAAACCAUCUUGGAGGUACCUCGUUCCGCAACUAAUUUACCAGAAGAAAGCAAAGAAGUGAUGGUUGUAAAGGAUCAAACUGGAAGGAAAUGGAAGUUUGAGGUGGCGAUAAAGGAUGAUGAGAAGCAAAAAAGGUUGCAAGGCGAAUGGAGCCAGUUUACUAAGGCUCAUGGUCUCAUGAAAGCGCAGCGGAAGCAGAAGGGGCCCGAGGCCGCCGCCCGGCUUCUGCUUCCGACGGUGACGCCGCUGACGAAGUGCAAGCUGAGGCUGUUGAAGCUGGAGCGAAUCAAGGACUAUCUUUUGAUGGAAGAAGAGUUCGUGACCAAUCAGGAGAGAUUGAAGCCCCAAGAGGAGAAGACUGAGGAGGAUCGAUCUAAGGUCGACGAUCUGCGGGGCUCGCCGAUGAGCGUUGGCAAUCUCGAGGAGCUGAUCGAUGAGAAUCACGCCAUCGUGUCGUCGUCGGUGGGGCCGGAGUACUAUGUCGGGAUUUUGUCGUUCGUUGACAAGGAUCAGCUCGAGCCUGGUUGCGCGAUUUUGAUGCAUAAUAAGGUUCUUUCUGUUGUUGGGCUUCUUCAAGAUGAAGUUGAUUCCAUGGUGUCUGUCAUGAAGGUUGAAAAGGCUCCUUUGGAAUCGUAUGCUGAUAUAGGUGGGUUGGAUGCUCAGAUACAGGAAAUCAAAGAAGCAGUUGAACUCCCUCUGACACACCCUGAACUAUCUGAGAAAGUGAAGUUAGUAUCGAUGGGUUUGUCCGGCGGACGGCUAAGGUGA